AUGAAACUAUUCAAAUUCCCCUAUUUGGUCCAGCAGGAGAUACUCCAUAACUUCGAAUAUAAGAAUCUAUUACUGCUCUCCUUUGUGUCUAAAAACAUGAAUAAAUUAAUCAAAUCAUCUCAAAUCGCGAGAUUCAAAAGUGUCAAUUUUAUUGAAUAUGGCUCUGGCAGAUCGGAUGAACCGUUGGUUUAUAUUCCCCACAAAAACACUCGGUAUACGAUACUGAAACUUACCGGUCCAUUCGAGAAUCCUGCUCGUCAUGAAAAUGAUUACUUUACCUUGAACAUAUCUGGAAAGAUAGUUGAUGUUCGAGUAUGCAUCUUUCACGGUCUUGUGGUGUUCAGUCGUUCAUGGGAACCGGUAAUCAAAUCGAUUCAUAACUAUCUUCUUAAUUUAUUCGGCAGUUCUGUGGAAUAUCGUUGGACAACUAGUACUCGCACGGAUCUGUUCGAAGUGUUCAUUCCAAGACUCAAAAACCUGUCGGUAUUGAAUACUUCUUGUGGCGAAAACGAUAUGAAAACAGUGGACACCUAUUUGUUAUCAUCUCCUGUUAUCAAACGGAUCGAUUUCUUCAUUUUCUGCUCCUUGGAUAGAGGUUUUUUUUCCCGGUGUGGAUAUAUGCCAACGGAGGAACCAUUCCCUCCAGAAUCCAAAUUGUAUCAAGCGCAAUCUAUAGGAGUCACUCAACGAGAGCUCGCUACUCCGGCUGUUUUACGUCAUUACCAAGGAAGACAGGCAUUUAUAAAAUGCGAAAGAUGCGAGAAUCAAGAUUUGAUAGAGUUUAUAAACAGAUGGAAAUCAGGAGAAGCUUUUCGAAAUCUCGAAUAUUUGGAAAUUGAAAUACUUAUCAGUGAAGUUCCCCAGAACCGAAUUUUCUACGCAACUGGAACCAAAUACAUUGAUGUAACGAAAAGGUCACCAACUCAUACUUUACCCAAAAUAUUCAUUGAUAAUGGUGAUGAUGAACCAAAUACGGAUCCAAUCACAAGUCAUGCCUAUGUCGUUAGAGAAUCAGAUGGUCAUGUUGCGUCUGUUCAGAUUCAGAGGGACACGUUCAGUUUUGGAGUUUGGGAUAAAACCGAAGAGGAGUUUUUAAGAAUGGUGGAAUAG